ACUCCAUUCUUCUUCCUCUCUUCCUCCCACCACUCUUGAAGAAAAAAAUAUGCUCUGUGGUUGCGGCUAAGCCCAAUCUUCCGCAUCAGAUUUUUUUUCUUUAGUUUGGUACUUCUAUCACUCAAAAUUGUCGAGAUGGAUCCGAGUAUUUACGAUCCUAGAUUAUACAUUCAAGGCGGACCGCGAGAAACCGAUUUGUUGGAUGAGCAACCUUACCAUCGGUCUGAAAGUGUUGGGCGGUAGAUCCGAUAAGCACUUCCUCAUGUACUUUUCUUUUUUUAAAUGUGAUAGUAUUCUUCUUUUUUUUUUGUAUAAUAAUUAAUUUUUUUUCUACAGGAACAACUUGACGUAAUCACCCAUCGGUCGCUAUCUCGCUUGCCUAAAUGGGAUGAUCGUAUCGAGCCCUUCAUUGAAAGAGCACGAUUGCUGAGGGUGCGGAAGUUUGUGGGGAUGGAGAUGGACAACAACCUUCUUACGGCAAUGGUGGAAAGAUGGAGAAAAGAAACGCACACAUUCCACCUUCUAGAGGGAGAGAUGAUGAUUACGUUGAAGGACGUAGCCAUGCUGACAGAGCUUCCAAUUGAUGGUGAUGCAAUAAUAGAAAGUUCACAGAAACCAUUGAAUGGUUGGGGCCAAUUUAUAAGCGAGCGUUUAGGUAUCAACAUCCCCGAGGAAGCACAAGAUGGUCGUCGUGUACCACCUCUACACAAGUCUAUGCUAUUGAUACCUUGGCUAGUGAGGACCGUUGGGGAAUUACCGGAGGAUGCCACGGAUGCUCAGAUAGAGAGGUAUGCUCGCAUCUACCUUAUUUGUUUGGUUGGAGGAUUUUUGUUUCCGAACAAGUCUGAUGGAAAUAUGCAUUGUAUGUGGCUUCGAGUUCUUUUGGAAGAUUGGGACGAGAUUGGGAGAAAAAGUUGGGGAUCUGCUUGUUUGGCGAUGAUAUAUUCGGAGUUGUGCAAGUGUACGGAUCCGAAAACAAAGCAAGUGAGUGGUCCCAUGUUCAUCCUCCAACUAUGGGUUUGGGAGCACCUUCCUACUUUCGCUCCGAUCUGCCCUGCCAACAGUUGGGGUCCCGAUGAGCCACUACGACAAUGGGCUUAUGGUGCUAGAUGGAUUGGAGCUAUCACGAGUUUCACCUCUCUAGACGGGUACCGCCAACAUCUUGACCGUAUAGAAUUCAACGAGGUAACAUUCUAGCUUAUGAUUAUUUAUUUUUAAUUUAUUAGUUGAAGUUAUUUGUCUUAGCCCAUGAUUUAUUUUUACGAUUAUGAAUAAGUUUUUAUUUGUUGAAAUUAUUUUUCUUAGUCUUAGCAUAUGAUUUAUUUUUAUGAUUACGAAUUCUAUUUUAUUUGUUAAAAUUAAUUGUCUUAGCCCAUUAUUUAUUUUUAUGAUUAUGAAUCAUAUUUUAUUUGUUGAAAUUAUUUGUCUUAGCCCAUUAUUUAGUGUACUCGAACUAUGUCAACCAAUAAUUUCCCCCCACCCUGCACUCUAUUCUGGAGCAUGUCGGACCGAAAGCGACUAGAUAGAAUGAUGAGCAAGUAGUUUGAGUUUAGUGUACUCGAACUACACUGGUUCGAGUCCCUAAAACUCCAUCUAUGACAACAAAGAAUCUUAUCCCUG